GAUGGGCGAGGUGGCCAAUGAGCGGCGCCGUGGCUCCUGGGCAUCCAAUGGGCGGCGGGGAAUGAGGCAGUUGCCAAGAAAGGGCAGAAGCAGGAGGAAGACGAGGAGGAGGAAGCGAUGACCGGCGGAGGAGCGAAGAGCGGAGCCGGAGGGCUCCCCUGGGCUCCCAGUGGCACCCACUCUCCUUGACCCCUUGACCAGAGGGAGACCCUUGGACGGAGCCGCGAUGAAGGUGCUGGUGGCCAAGGUGCUGUGCCUGGUGGGGGUCUUUGUGCUGAUGCUGGGAGGGUCCCUGCUGCCAGUCAAGAUCAUCGAGGCUGACUACGAGAAAGCCCACCGGUCCAGGCGGGCCAUCGCCCUCUGCAACUCCUUCGGCGGAGGUGUCUUCUUGGCCACCUGCUUUAAUGCCCUGCUUCCCACCGUGAGAGAGAAGCUCCAAGAGGUGCUGAAACUGGGGAAUGUGACGACGGACUACCCUUUGGCGGAGACACUGAUGCUGGUGGGCUUCUUCCUGACGGUCUUUGCGGAGCAGCUGAUCCUUACCUUCCGGAAGGAGAAGCCCUCCUUCAUCGACCUGGAGACCUUCAACGCUGGCUCCGACGCGGGCAGCGACUCCGAGUACGAGAGCCCCUUCAUUGAGGCCUCUUGGGGGCACAGCAACCCCCACGCCCACCACCCCCAUGGCCUCCCGGAGCACAGCCACAGCCACGGCCUGAAUGUCCAGGAGCUCUCCCGCUCGGGGCCCCUGCGCCUCUUCAGCCUGGUCUUUGCCCUGUCGGCCCACUCAGUUUUUGAGGGGCUGGCCCUGGGCCUGCAGGAGGAGGGCGACCGUGUGAUCGGCCUCUUUCUGGGGGUGGCCAUCCACGAGACGCUGGUGGCUGUGGCCCUGGGCAUCAGCAUGGCCAAGACCGGGCUGACUCUGCGGGAGGCUGCUAAGCUGGCCGUGGCUGUCAGCCUGAUGAUCCCGCUGGGCAUCGGGAUUGGCCUGGGCAUUGAGAGCGCCCAGAAUGUGGCAAGCAGUGUGGCCUCCGUCCUCCUCCAAGGCCUGGCCGGGGGCACCUUCCUCUUCGUCACCUUCUUUGAGAUCUUGGCCAAGGAGCUGGAGGAGAAGAGUGACCGGCUGCUCAAGGUCCUCUUCCUGGUGCUGGGCUAUGCUGUCCUGGCCGGGCUGGUCUUCUUCAAGUGGUGAGUGAAAGCGAGCGGGCGAUGCCUGGCCAGCCUGGCUCCUCAUGACUGCAGGGAUGGCGGAGAAGGGGCUGAAGACGCAGGUGGAGGAGGCCUCUUGCAAUCACGUGCCAUCAUCUCCCUCCUGCACUGAGACAGCCAGGCAUGGCUGUGGGGCAGGGGUGGCCCUUCGCCAUCCAUCCCUGCCCAGCCAUUUAUGUCCUCAGGGAGCCCUCGGCAGCUGAGACCGACCCCCCUUCUGAAAGAAUCCUAAGGGGGAAAAUGUCAACCGACGAUGGGGGUGUUGGGGCCACCUGAUGCAUGACUCUCGCAUCCCAAGGGGCCAAAGGUCACUCUUGCUCUCUAUGGUAAACAAGGAGCCCCCCUCGCCAUGAGGGAUUUUUCCCCAGAGCCAAGAUGGCCUUGGGUGGCUCUUUUAUUUUUCCAGGCAAGAGUCUGAUUCCUUCUCCCAAUAUCCCAAAUGAAAAAUGGAAAGGGAGAAGGUUUCCAAAGGGGCCUCUGAUGGCUGGUCCCAGGCUCUGCACUUUUGCCCUCCAAGCACCACUUCUUGCUUCUUUCCUGCUGCUAAUAUUUAGCUUAGGCAUCAAAACAUGGGUCAUAAGCAAGUGUUCUCCACUCCCAUCCUCUGCUUUGUUUUGUACGGUUUAGGUUAGGGCCAGUUCUUGGACGUCUCGAAUGGGGAGGGGUUUUUCUCCUGCUUCCCCUCUUCUGCCCUACAGAGCGAUGCCCCCUGAGACCUCCCUGUUUUCGGCAAGUCUGAGAGUUUGCCUCAUUGCGUCAGGCAAAGCCUAGGCACCUUCCACGCUGGUCCCUUUGGCUGUAUUUUUCUGAUCAGCUCCACAGACAUGGACAUUACAGGCGCUUUGGGGUCCCACUGUGGUGUGCAUCUGAUUUUGGGGGAGCUCCCUAGGCCAAAGGUUUGGUUUCUGCACUAAUCUUGUUUCCACCUUACUCUGGAUUCAAAUUUGAGUCUGGUCUUUCGGAGAAGCCUUGCUUUUGGAGAGGAUGUUGCAGGGACUGUUUCCGAGGCAAAAUGUGGUCAGUUCGGUGUGUUUUCUGUUUGUUUUGUUUUAAAAUCACAUCUACAUCCCUUCCUUCCUCAAGUUUAGCAUGGAGAAAUGCAAGUGUGUGUGUGUGUUAUUUAUUACAUUCCUGCUUGAGGGUCGGCUGGUGGCUGUUAUUUUCCCCCUUUCCUUAGACUUAGUUCAGAAGGAUUGAAAGAGAUUGCCAUUGUGCUAAAAACAGCUGGCUUUUUAGUCAGCCAGUAUUUAAAUAAAACCCCUUUUUAAAAUGUU